AUGUCCACUGCGCGUGCUAUAGGUAGUACGAUCACCCUUAUCACCAACAGCCAGAUCCGCUACGAGGGCACGCUUGGCCACAUUGAUGCCGCAAAGAACACCGUGAGCCUCUCCAAUGUUCGUGUAUUCGGUACCGAGGGCCGCGCAAAGGAGCCAGGCCAGGUCGAGGUUCCUGCCAAUGACCAGCUCUUCGAGCAGAUCGUGUUCCGCGGCUCUGACAUCAAGGAGCUGACGGUGUUCGAGGGGGGCCAUAACGCCAUGAUGGACCCUGCCGUGGUUACCGCGUUCCCUGCGCGGAGCAAUACGACGAAGACUGCCACCACGCCGCAGCGCUUUGCCCCAUCAUCUGGCAACGCAAAUCACCAGCAGCAGCAACAUCAGCAGCAGCAGCAUCAUCACCAGCAGCAGCGCUACGGCGGCAGUGGCGUUAGCUACCGCCGUGGAGGCCACAACGGCGGGGGCCGCGGCGGCUACCGUGGCACGCGCCGUGUCGACUCGCACACGGGCCAAGACUUCCG